UCCUCUUUGCUGGCUAGUGGCUGUAGCCUUUGCUUACAGCUUUAUAUUCCCUGAAUUGUUGUAGAAAAGGAACGAAAAAAAAUCAAAGAAGAACAAUGGCUCUUCCUCAAGAGGUCGAAGCUCUCUCAAAAUCUUUCUCAGGAUUUGGAGUUGAUGAGAAAUCAAUUAUUACGGUAUUGGGGAAAUGGAAACCGGAGGAAAGGAAAUCAUUCAGGAAGGAAUCCCCUUUUUUAUUCACACAAGACGAUCGUCUCUUUGAAAAGUGGAAUGCUGAUCAUAUUGCCCUCCUCAAACGUGAAUUCUCUCGCUUCAAGAAUGCUGUGGUUCUGUGGACAAUGCACCCAUGGGAAAGAGAUGCUCGUAUGACAAAGGAAGCUUUGAUUAAAGAGAAUCGGUCAUAUGAUAUUAUCAUUGAGAUCGCUUGCACCAGAUCAUCAGAAGAGCUAUUGGGUGCGAGGAAGGCCUACCACUCCCUCUUUGAUCACUCCAUCGAGGAAGAUGUUGCUUCACAUAUCCAUGGCAGCAACCGCAAUCUCUUUGUAGCACUAGUGAGUGCCUACAGGUACGAGGGUUCAAAAGUGAACGACGAGAUUGCAAAAUCAGAGGCCAAGAUGCUUUGUAAUGCCAUCAAGAAUGCUAAUAAAAAGAACCCUGUUGAGGACGAAGAGGUGGUAAGGAUACUUGCAACUAGAAGCAAGUCCCAUCUCAAAGCAGUCUAUAAAAACUACAAGGAACUGUGUGGAAAGACCCUUGAUGAGGAUUUGGAGGAUGGAUCAAGCUUAAAAGAAGCAGUUCAGUGCCUUUGCUCUCCUCAAGCAUAUUUUAGCAAAGUACUGAAUGCUGCAUUGAAGAGUGGUGCAGAUGAGAAAACAAAGGUUGCACUUUCUCGAAUAGUUGUAACUAGAGCUGAUUCUGAUAUGAAAGAGAUCAAAGAGAAGUAUCUCAAGGACAAUGGAGUCUCCCUCUCCCAGAAAGUCAAUGAGACAACUCAUGGAAACUAUAAGGAGUUCAUGCUCAACUUGAUUGAAAGGGGAAAAUAACUUAAUCAAAAGAAAUUACACCAAAUUACAAGAAGGCCAAACAUGUUUUAGAUGUCAUGUCUUUUGGUAUUCCUAAAGUUAGAUCACAUAAAUUGUCUUGUCAUUGUAGCUUUUUGUUCUUUUUCUAUAUCAAGCCUAGAUGUCCUUGUGUGACUACAAUGUCAACCUUUCUUUCUUUACUUUUCUCUCUCUCUCUCUCUCCCCCCCCCCCACCUCUCUGAGGGCUUUACUUUGCAUAUUGUGUUUCCAUAAAAUCAUGUUUGCAAGUAAAUUGAACUUUUGAACUAUAUUGGCAGGUUCCUAUCAA